AGAGACCAUGCUGAGGAGGAAGAGGAGCGUGUCGUUCGGAGGCUUCGGAUGGAUUGAUAAAUCUACAGUCAGCGCUCUGAGAGCUCGUAAACAGGAGCUCCUGACCAUCUCAAAUGUUCCUGUCGGAGACUGCCCCCCCUCUCCCCCCCGCACCGCGCCCCCCACCAUGAAGUCGGCUCAUUUCUUUGACAUGAUGGACAAGAUGGAGCAGGUGCCAGAAGCUGCCGAGAUGAAGACAAUCCCUCAAAGACAGAAGGACGACUACAUUCCUUAUCCGAGGAUCGAGGAGGUGUUGGAGAGGGGGACUCCGUACCCUCAGGUCAUCCUGCCUGAGUUCGGAGGCUACUGGAUCGAGGAUCCGGAGGCUGAUCCACCUCCUGCCACGUCCCUGGAGAUCAAAGCAGGGGAGGAGGAGGUGGAGGAGGGAGGAGGACUGGGAGGAAGAGAGGAGGAAAACACAGCCCCAGGGGAUUAUGGGUACCGGCUGGAGGAGAUCAGCGAGGCUGCACGGGCGUACAGGAAGCACUUCUUGGGCAGGGAACAUUUAAACUUCUCCUGUUCAGCCAGCAGUGUUGGAAACCUGCUGCUGUCUGUGAGGCAUGAAGAGGAGAAGGAGCAUGAGUCCCUACAUGUUAUUAUCAGGUCUCGGGUGAAAAGCAUCUACCACAGAUUGUCACUGACAGAGCUGCCUGACAUCCCCAGUGUGCCGGAACUCGCCAAGUUGCUGUGUGAUGACGCAGCAGGUCUUCGUUUCAGUCCUGUCCUCUACCCAAAGGCGUCUCAGCUGAUAGUAAACUACGACGAGCAUGAGGUCAACAACACCUUCAAGUUUGGAGUCAUUUACCAGAGAUUUGGACAGGUGUCUGAGGAGGAGCUCUUCCGGAACAAUGAGGAGACGCCGGCCUUCACCGAGUUCCUGCAGCUGCUGGGAGACACAGUGGAGCUGCAGGACUUCAAGGGGUUUCGUGGAGGUCUGGAUGUGUCUCACGGUCAGACGGGUUCUCAGUCUGUCUACACCAUCCACCGACAACAGGAGAUCAUGUUCCACGUCUCCACCAAACUGCCCUUCACUGAGGGAGACACGCAGCAGCUCCAGAGAAAACGACACAUAGGAAACGACAUCGUGGCGGUGGUGUUCCAGGAAGAGGCCACGCCGUUUGUCCCCGACAUGAUCGCCUCCAACUUCCUGCAUGCUUUCAUCCUGGUGCAGGUGGAGGAGCCCUGCUCCGACAGCACCUCCUACAAGGUGUCCGUCACAGCACGGGAAGACGUACCUCCGUUUGGCCCGCCCCUCCCAAAUCCAGCUGUUUUUAAGAAGGGUCCAGAGUUCAGAGAGUUUCUUCUCACUAAACUCAUCAACGCAGAGCUGGCCUGCUACAAGAGCGACCGAUUCGCACGACUGGAGGAGCGUACUCGGACUGCACUGCUGGACAGCCUCCAUGAUGAGCUGCAAAGACGCUCCCAGAGCAUGCUGGGAUUGACGUCAGGUCUGGAGGAGGAGGGGCGAGGAGAGAACGGUCACGCCCAUGGAGGUCUGCUGGAGUCCAUCAAGAGGGCGAUGCGAGGGCGAAGCGUGUCGAUGGAGACCAUGUCCCGGGGCGGGGCAGGUCUGCCCACCAGUCUGAGUGGGGGGGGUCUGGCACACAUCAGUGCUGAGUAUAAUGUGAAGUCUCCUGUGAAGAGACGUUCAGGACUCUUUCCUCGUCUGCUGAGUGUCGACAGCCAAACUGAGAAACACAACCAGAGGAGUCUCCUCAGUGAGCAGAGGAGCUUCGACAGCUGCCACCCAACACUGGAGGUGAGGUCAGAGCUGCCGUCCAAUCCCAGCUCUCCAGAGGCGGGACAACGGGACAGCAGGAUUCAGAUGAAGAAGGAGAGCAGUAAGAUUUCCAGAUCGACAUCCAGCACCUGCAGCUUUAGUAUCCCGACUGAUGACACACAUCUGCUCGCCCAGGCAGUGACCAUAGAAGGUCAAAGUUCAAGUCCGCUCAUCGUCUGUCGCAGCCCCACAGAGAUGAAAAAUAAAAACUCUCCCAGGUCCAACCUCAAGUUUCGUUUUGACAAACUGAGUCACUCUGCUGCACAGGGGAACUAAACUGUGAGGACAGCAGUGGGAGAAUAACAACGAGGUUCAGUCAAACAUCAGCCUCCAACCAGGAGGAGGAGGAGGAGGAGGAGGAGGAGGAGGAGGAGGAGGAGGACAUUGAUGUGAAGACACUGAUGGACUGUCACACACACACACACACACACACAGAGGGAAAGAAGGGAAUACACUUCAACACAUUUGUCCUUUGCUGCUGCAGCUGCAUUUCCUUCUCAAAGGGAAUCAAACCUGCAGGACUGUGCAUGUCAACACACACACACACAUACACACACACACACACUGUGGCUGAAGCUUUGACACACAUGGAUAAAUUCACAUCAUUUCAAGGGUCACAUCAAUUAUACACAUGAAAAUUACUGUUGGUCUCUUCUUCAUUUAGUCUCUUCUUCUGUCUCAAAUAUCACAUUGAUGUCAUAGUUAUGUCACUAUGGCUAAAUCAGACUACAUGAGCCUUUUUUGUUGAGUUAUCUGGUGGACUGAUGUUGUCAUGCAAAAAAAGAUGCAAAACAGACAGAUUUUCUUUAAAUUUUCCUCGUAAUAGUGGCAGCUCAACUGCAGAUGGUUAAUGUGUGAAUCAUUGUGAUGACUAAUGAAAUUGAGCACAACAAGGCACAGAAAACAUAGAGACAGUAGUAUCUUCAACAUGACAGAAGCAUGGAUUCCACUUUAUAAAACAUCUUUGUAUUAAUAUCUAAACUCUGCAGUCCCUGUGUUUAAAUCUAACACGGUCACCUAUACAGGUGCAUCUCAAUAAAAUUGAAUGUCAUACAAAAGUUUAUGUCAGUAAUUCAAUUUAAAAAGUGGCAAUAACACAUUAUAUAGAUCCAUUCCACACAGAAUGAAACAUUUCAUGUCUUGAUUUAAUUUCUUCUAAAUAUAAUGAUUAUGGCUUAUAUUUAAUGAAGACCAAAAAGUCAGUGUCUAAAAAUAAUAUUACAAAAGAACAAUUUUAAAAAGUGUGUAAUAUGGAAAUGUUGGCCUCUGAAAAGUAUGUCCAUCUAUAUGACUCAAUACUUGGCUGGGGCUAUUUGACUUGAACUACUGGAAAUGGACUUUUACAUGAUAUUCUAUACUGAGAUGCACCUUAGGCUUGUGUGGUUGGAACAAAAAAAACAAGAUGCAGAGCCAUCUAGGUUUGGCCUUAAAAUUGAGAAAACAUAACAUAGCACAGAGCAGGCUGCCCUACAUGCUAGAAAAUGUUCUGUGCACUGGUGCCCCACUGCAUGCAGCUGGCGCCCUUUUCAUUUUCCCUGUCCCCCAGACAACAUGAAUCAACCAAUGAAUUUGGUUCAGAUGGAUGGAUCACAACAAUUUCUGCCCAUCGGCACUUCUCUGCAAAUGUGUCCUUAGAAGUAGUUACGUCAUUUAUAAUUUUGUAAAUGUACUCUGUGUUAAGGAGCCGUAAAACUUUUUAUUUUGUCCCAAUGUGGAGCGGAAAUCACUCACUGGCUUUACAGACUUACCCAUCAUAAUCAUCAGGUUGAACAGCUCUCUCUGUUUGAGAGUUAUCAAAUGAUGUGACACCUGUUACCACGCCCCCUAGUGAUGUCAUAGAGUACAGCUGUACGCUUCAUUGCAGCAAGGUUAGGAGUGCACCAGCUGCCGUUUUUAAGUUGCUCUUUAAAUCCACUGCAGAAAGUCCGACUGGAUGCUAAAGCGUGUGUGUUUCAUUGAUAUUUUGUGCCACUGCGGAACAUGUGAUGUCACACGUGUUGGAUGGAUGUUGAUGCAGAUGUUGAUGCAGAGGUUGAGCUCUGUUUACUGCAGUCAUGUACACAUGUUGCGUUUUUAGGAUUUAGUUGAUUAACUGAAUCAAAUCAAACUCUGAUGGUAAAAACAAUCGAAGUGUUUGUCUCUCAGACUUUGUCUCAGUUUCAGACUUCACACUGCUCCUGUUCACCAGUGGUGGAAAUUAGAUUCAGCACUACUGAAUUAUGAGUUUAAUGUACUACUACUUAAAUGCCCAAAGAGGAAAACGUCAUUUUCUUCUUCACUCUUCUUUCUUCUUCUAUUAAUCAUCUGACAACAAUACAUGUGUACUUUUGCUACUGAUAUUUCCUGAAUCUGACAAUACUCAGAGUAAUUUUUCUUUUGUAUUUUUACUUAGGUAGGAUUUGAAAUGCAGAACUUGUAACGGAGUAUUUUUACAUUGUGGUAUUAUUACUUUUAUUGUACUUUUUAUCGUAAAGUAAACGACCUGAGUACUUCUUCCACCACUGAUGUUCACUUGUCAGUUUACAGUAUCAAACAACAGUUUUAAUUUAGUGGUAAACAUUUGAUCGUCUCUUUGUACUUCCAUGUAUACUAACUGCAGUACACUAUAAAUACUGUCAGUAUUAGUAUGUAGUGUGGAACUGGGACACAGCUGGAGAUGUAUAUUCUGUUUGAAUGUUAAAUACUAAUGAUGUCGUAUUAAUCAGGGACACAGAGUAAAACUAAUGGCUGAUAUUCACUGAAAUAUGUUUGGAUGGGAAAAAACUUUACGUAGUAUUUAUACAGCCUAAUGUUUAAUUAUUUAAUAUGUUUAUGCCACUUGUAGUUUUCAGAAAUGUAGUAAGUAUUAAUGGCUGGUUUGAUUUGUCAACAGAUACAAGAUAACACUAAUAUAAAAAGAGUCUACUCUCUCCUAUGAUAAAUGGAAUUGAGCAUAUAUCAUAAUGGAUCAUAAUGGAGUCAUCAAAGUCAAAAUUGGACCCAUUUUUUUUAAAAGAACAUUAAUAUCCAUUAAUAUUUUACAAGUUUUCGUCACAGGUCAUACACUCACCUGAAUGAACAUGCACUUGUUCCCACCAGUGGUGGGGUUUUAUAGCUGUACCAUUACUUAACGAGCUAAGAUUGAAAUAUGAAAUAUAAAACACUAAAUGUAUAAAAAUACAUAUAAGUACAUGUUACAACAAUUAAAUAAAGAUUACAUUAAUUAUUUUAAAAUUGAGUUUCUAUAAACAUUAAAAGCUCAAAUGACAUAUAGAUGAUGGGAUGUGUCGAAGCCAAAGGAAAUUUCCACACAAGUGGACAAUAAAGGACUCUAGUCCCAUAAAUAACUCCACUCCAAAUCAUCCCUACUGGUACCUUCAUAUUAUUAUCAUGAAACAGGUAUUACGUUUAAUUCUAUGUAGUUAAAAAGUCCUAAAAAGUCUUAAAUUUAAGCUGCAGAAACACUUGAUUGAAUAACUUUUAAGACACUGUUCUUUCUUUCUCCUUGAAUCAUGUUUGCAGUGAACAUCAGCCUCCAUGUUGCUCUGGAUCUGACAGACUAAAUACUGUAAAUGUAAUUUCCUUGUCAUUUUAAAUGAUGUCUGUAUGUUUACACACAUCAGCCACCAUUUUAAAUUUAAACACCAUCUUCAGGACCGAGACUUGUUAAAUCAACAGUUUGUUGUUCUCAUCACAGCUGUGAGUCAAACCUGCAGGUUUUAUGUUCAAAAAGGAGAAAUAGCUGUGAAAAUACUUGCAUAAAAUGUUGUGAACAGGUCGGACUCUGAGCCAUGCUGAACAUGACCAACUGUAAAAACCUGCAAAAAGAAGCUUCACUGCCAUUUGAUGCAAAAACUGACAGACAACUGAUGAAUAUUUUGCACUAAGCUGACACACAGCUCUGUGGAUGUUCUAUUUAAAUAUAUAAAAAUGAAUAUUAAACAUGUACAGGCUGAAUCAGAGCACUGACUGAACUAUAAUUGUCUUGAUUGCACUGAAAGCACAAAAUCUGUUCCUUCUCUCUGAUUUCAGGUGUAAAUCUCUUUUUUCUGUGUUCAAUUUGUUUUUUUGCAAAAUAAAAGUAAUAAUUUAUUUUUAAUGGAGAGGGAGUGCGAGGGAAGAUGUAGCAUAAAAACUAAGAUGUCGCUGUGUGUCUGUUCAACGUUCUCCAUCAUGAUGGAAAUUUAUUUCUGUGAUUCUGAAAUGAUAAUCUGAAGUUAUAAAGUUUCUGCAGGACGAGACUUUUGCACUUUGUUUCAAUGAUGUUUGUGUGUUAUUGUUUCUAAUUUCUGAUUAAAAUAAACCUUCUUUUUGG